AGGGCAGCGCAGACUCCGGAGGCUGGAGGUGUCUGGAUCCGGCUCCGCCGCGCACGCUGAGCUCGCUCGGCCCGGCCGGGGUGAAGUCUUCCGCUCGCGGCUGCCCGGCUGGAGGCCAGCUGCCUUCAGCGAGAGGCCGGAGUCCCCGCCAGGGACCCGGGAGGUACGCCGCGGGCCGGGCGGGACCGCAUCGCGGCCCUCCCCGCGCCCCCCCCCCCCCGCACCGGCUCGAGGCGGAGCAGAACGUGGGGGGGUGCGGGUAGGCCCCCGCCCCCCAGCCCGGCGUGCGGGUGGGCAGAGAGCCAGAGGGGCUGCGGGACACCGAGAUGGCCGAUGAGAUUGACUGGCUGGACUUGCCCGGCCGGUGGACCUAUGGAGUUGACCGCGGUGGGAGAGUCUUCUUCAUCAAUGAUGAGGAAAAGUCAACCAGCUGGGUGCACCCUGGUACGGAAUCACCCAUCCAGAGUGGACACUCCUGCAGCCCAGGUUUACCCAAGGGCUGGGAGAUGGAUUCUACCCAGGAAGGAGCUGUGUAUUUCAUCAACCAUAAUGAAAGACGGAACACGUUUCUACACCCGCUGACUGGCCAAGUCCCGGAGGAAAACAAAAAGUUUGACUUGAAAAUAUCAGCCUUGGACAUGUCCAAUAAAGCAGGUGGGAAACGUCCAACUACCACCAACAGCGACCUUUCCAACCACAACAUGGUGUCCGAGGUCCCUCCAGAGCGGCCCAGUGUCCGGGCCACCCGGACAUCCCGCAAGGCCAUCGCUUUCGGCAAGCGCUCACACUCCAUGAAGCGGAACCCCAGUGCUCCUGUCGCCAAGGCAGGCUGGCUCUUCAAGCAGGCCAGCUCUGGGGUUAAGCAGUGGAAUAAGCGCUGGUUCGUCCUGGUGGAUCGCUGCCUUUUCUACUAUAAAGAUGAGAAGGAGGAGAGCAUCCUGGGCAGCAUCCCCCUCCUGAGCUUCCGGGUGGCUGCAGUGCAGCCCUCAGACAACAUCAGCCGAAAACACACCUUUAAGGUGAUUGUGUGCUGGGUGGACGAGGCUGGGGCCAGUUCCACGCACUGCCUCUCCCCACAGGCUGAGCAUGCUGGGGUCCGCACCUACUUCUUUAGUGCCGAGAGCCCUGAGGAGCAGGAGGCCUGGAUCCAGGCCAUGGGGGAGGCUGCCCGAGUACAGAUCCCCCCGGCCCAGAAGUCAGUGCCCCAAGCCUCGCGUCACAGCCACGAGAAGCCAGACUCAGAGAACAUCCCACCCAGCAAACACCACCACCAGCCCCCCCACAACAGCCUCCCCAAGCCUGAACCAGAGGCCAAGACUAGAGGGGAGGGUGAUGGCCGAGGCUGCGAGAAGGCGGAGAGGAGGCCCGAGAGGCCUGAAGUCCAAAGCGAGCCUCUGGUGAAAGCCAAUGGUGUCCACGCUGGACCGGAACCAGCCUCAGCGCCGGGCAGCCCUUACCCUGAGGGCCCAAGGGUCCCAGGAGGUGGGGAGCGGCCCGCCCAGCCCAAUGGCUGGCAGUAUAGCUCCCCAAGCCGGCCGGGGAGCACAGCUUUCCCGCCUCAGGACUCCGAGAGUGGGGGCCAACGACGGAGCUUCCCUCCACGUGCCAACCCUGACAGAAUCGCCCAGCGCAAGAGCUCCAUGAGCCAGCUUCAGCAGUGGGUGAACCUGCGCCGAGGGGUGCCCCCUCCUGAAGAUCUCCGGAGUCCCUCUAGGUUCUACCCUGUGUCCCGUAGGGUCCCUGAGUAUUACAGCUCCUACUCCUCCCCGUACCCUGAUGAUUACCAGUACUACCCGCCAGGGGUGCGGCCGGAGAGCAUCUGCUCAAUGCCAGCCUAUGAUCGGAUCAGCCCGCCCUGGGCCCUGGAGGACAAGCGGCACUCCUUCCGGAACGGAGGCGGCCCUGCCUUCCAGCUGCGCGAGUGGAAGGAGCCUGCGGGCUACGGGCGCCAGGACGGCAGCGUCUGGCUCCCCAGCCCCUCCCGGCAGCCUGUCUAUUACGAUGAGCUGGAUGCCGCCUCUGGCUCCCUGCGCCGCCUGUCCUUGCAGCCCCGUUCCCACUCUGUGCCCCGCUCGCCCAGCCAGGGCUCCUACAGCCGCGCCCGCAUUUACUCCCCCGUCCGCUCACCCAGUGCCCGUUUUGAGCGGCUGCCACCUCGCAGCGAGGACAUCUAUGCUGACCCUGCUGCCUAUGUGAUGAGGCGAUCCAUCAGCUCCCCCAAGUAUGAUUACCUGGGAGACAGGCGGCCAGUCCCUGCAGGACUGUUCCCCUACAACUACCCACCAUCCCCCACGGUCCACGAUAAGAUGAUGAGUGAGAGCGAGACUCUCAUCAGUAUGGUGAACCGCAUGGUGGAGAACUCCUCCCCCAGGGCCCAACUCUUCAUGCAAGUCCCUCCGUACCCAGAAGUGUUCCGGGACAGCCUCCACACCUACAAGCUAAACGAGCAAGACACAGAUAAGCUGCUGGGCAAGUUGUGUGAGCAGAACAAGGUGGUGAGGGAGCAGGAACGGCUGGUGCAGCAGCUCCGAGCUGAGAAGGAGAGCCUGGAAAGUGCCUUGAUGGGGACCCAUCAGGAACUGGAGAUGUUUGGAAGCCAGCCUGCCUACCCAGAGAAGCUGCUGCACAAGAAGGAGUCGCUGCAGAACCAGCUCAUCAACAUCCGGGUGGAGCUGUCUCAGGCGACCACGGCCUUGGCAAACAGCACCGUGGAGUACGAGAGCCUGGAGGCAGAGGUCUCCGCCCUGCACGACGAGCUCUGGGAGCAGCUCAGCUUGGACCUCCAGAAUGAGGUGCUCAACCGGCAAAUCCAGAAGGAGAUCUGGAGGAUCCAGGAUGUGAUGGAGGGGCUGAGGAAGAAUAACCCAUCCCGGGGCACAGACACAGCCAAGCAUAGAGGAGGACUUGGCCCCUCAGGCACCUACAGCUCCAACAGCCCCGCCAGCCCUCUCAGCUCCGCCAGCCUCACCAGCCCCCUGAGCCCGUUUUCACUGGUGUCUGGCUCUCAGGGGUCCCCCACCAAGCCCGGGUCCAGUGAGCCCAAGGCAAGCUGUGAGCAAAGCAAGAAAGACCCCCACCAGACAUCACCCCUGGACACCACUAGAGACAUCAGCCUUGUGCCCACCAGGCAAGAGGUGGAGGCAGAGAAGCAGGCCGCUCUCAACAAAGUUGGCAUUGUGCCCCCUCGGACAAAGUCACCCACUGAUGAAGAAGUGACCCCGUCAAGGGUGGUGAGGAGGAGUGCCAACGGGCUCACCAAUGGACUCUCUUCCCGGCAAGAGCGCCCCAAGAGUGCUGUGUUCCCUGGCGAGGGCAAAGUCAAGAUGAGCGUGGAGGAGCAGAUUGACCGCAUGCGGCGGCACCAGAGCGGCUCCAUGAAGGAUAAGCGGAGGAGCCUGCAGCUCCCGGCCAGCCCGGCCCCCGACCCCAGUGCCCGACCUGCCUACAAAGUGGUGCGCCGUCACCGCAGCAUCCACGAGGUGGACAUCUCCAACCUGGAGGCGGCUCUGCGGGCAGAGGAGCCAGGUGGGCAGGCCUAUGAGACACCGCGGGAGGAAAUUGCCCGGCUCCGCAGAAUGGAGCUGGAGCCCCAGCACUAUGACCUGGAUAUCAAUAAAGAGCUCUCCACCCCAGACAAAGUCCUCAUCCCUGAGCGGUAUGUUGACCUGGAGCCUGACACUCCCCUGAGCCCAGAGGAGUUGAAGGAGAAGCAGAAAAAGGUGGAGAGGAUCAAGACGCUCAUUGCCAAGUCCAGUAUGCAGAACGUGGUGCCCGUCGGCGAGGGGGACCUUGUGGACGUGCCCCAGGACUCAGAGAGCCAGCUGCAGGAGCAGGAGAAGCGGAUUGAAAUCUCCUGUGCCCUGGCGACCGAGGCCUCCCGCAGGGGCCGCAUGCUGUCUGUGCAAUGUGCCACCCCAAGCCCUCCCACCUCCCCUGCCUCCCCGGCUCCGCCAGCCAACCCCCUAUCGUCUGAAUCCCCACGGGGCGCCGACAGCAGCCAUGCCAUGCGGGUCUGAGCUCUGACUGCAAGCCUUGGCUGAGGCCAACGCCGUGCGGCUCCACAGAGCCACAUUCUGAAGGCCGCCUCUGCCCACCUGCCUGCUCUGGCCCCUGGCCCCCCACCCCUGUGCUCCCAUGGGAAUGCCGCAGGGAGCCAGGCUGGGGGCCGGGUUUGCUGCCAAGAGGAGCACGGACAUCUCAGCGUCCACAUACCCACGGUGCCCGGCCCUGAAGUCCUCGCUCCUCAGACAGCGGUCCUAGGCCAGGGCGUGAGAUGGUGGGGUGAGGAGCUCCAUCCUGUCUGAUGCCCACGGCACAGGGAGCCUAGGUCUGGCCCUGGCUGGGAUUGUGAUGGCCCUACUGGAACAUUCCCUGAUGGAGAAGAUGCCCUGGUGGGGAACGUGCGCCGGGCUAUCUUAGGUUAGGACUCCUCUCUUGAUGCCGAGAACAGCACCUGCCAUCCGCCCCUUCCCCCAUCAACCCUGCCCUGCUGCCCCACCUGCCCCCAGGGUCUUGGCACAUCUCUGCUUAUGGGUGCUCCUUUGGGGUCCAGGGGAGACUGACCACCCUGCCUGAGCCAAAAACAAGAUAACGAGGGAUGGGGAGAGGCUCCUUGGCUCCCAGAGGACAGUGCUGGCUGUGGAUAGAGAGCGGCAGGUCUGUGCAGUGUCUGAGGGCAGGUUGAGAAGGGGUAGCAGAGAGAGAGGAAGAAGUCUCAGGAGAGCGGGAGGAAAGAGGAGCAGCAGGACUCACGCGCGAGUAGGAGGGGGAGGACAGGGAUGAGAAGGGCUAUGGUGUUGGUUUCCCCAGGGCGGAGCCUUAGGUUAGUGCCAAGUGUAGUGCCAGCUGUCGGCUCUGCUCCUCCCGCCUCGUCCUCAGGAUCAGCAGGGCGGCCAGCACGAGGACCCGCCGUGGAGCGCACUGCUGUGGGGAUGGAGGUGUGAGCUGAGGGGCUGGGCCGCAGCAGCCUGGGAAAUGGCUCUUUCUAGGUCUGGGCCUGGCGUUGGCCUCCCUGGCCUGGGGUCAGGAGCAGAGAGAAGGACCUGUCUUACGGAGGGUGUGGUCAGCCUUGGGGCCUUUCGUAACAUUUCUGUGACCCUAUCUUGUCUCCCUUGGCCCGGAAUGUGCUGUGGGCCAGCUGAGGGCGUGUGCCACGCAGAGAGGGAAGGUGGCCUUAAUACGGCAGGCCGGAUUCUGGGGCCCCAGCCUGCAUCCCAGGCAUCCCAGAUGAGGACACGUUGAGACUGUAUGGAAGGUCUCCCUUCUAGCUUGGCUCACUCACAACCCAACUACCCCCGGGGCCAGUGGUGGAGAGACAGAAGCAAAGCCCAUUCUUCCUCUGCUCCACCCACCUUCAGAUGAAUGUAGCCAGAGAGGACGGAGGAGAGAGAGUGAAGCUGAAAAACCUUGGCCCCUAGGCCUUCUCUUUGCCAGAGAUGCUGCCCAGAGACUUCAGCCUGACCUCUAGCGGCCCCAAGAACGAUUACUUCAUCUUCUAACAGUUCCUCUCCACUCCUUCAUGGCUGGGACAGUUAUGGUUCAUAUGCAAGUAAAGCUGACCAUUCACUCAACAAAUAUUUAUUGAGCACCUUUUAUGUACUAGGCACUGUUCUAGGUGCUUAGGAUAUUCUCAUGCUUCUGAGGGUUUACAGACAAGGGGAUUACACUUACCUUCAGUUCCAGCAGGUUUUUUGAACGUGACCCUUGGCUGCAUUUCCCAUCUUCAGCACAGCUCAAGCACCCUGAACCUGUCCUUUCUCCCCCACAGACUGGCAGGUGGGGUUGGCUCGCUUCUCCAUCUUCUCCCACACCUUAUCCAUCCAUAAGAAACAGAUUUUUCGGGGCCUUCCAUGCUUUCCCCUUUCUUUGUCUGACUCUCCUUUUUUUUUUAAGUGAUAUUUUUAGAAAUACAUGUUGAAAUACCAAGGAUUCAUGUCUGCUCCUCUGCCACUUCUCUCUCACCUCUUAUUUCAUAAAGCUGGCUCUUUAUGUUGCUUUACAUGCCUUAAUAUAUGUUUUAUGAAGAUUAUACAUAAUAUAGAUGUAUAUGUAAUAUAUAUAUAUAUAUAUAUAUGUUUGGCUGUCUGAUCCUUUCCUAGAACUCCUGCCCAGGCCCAUUUCCUCUCCUUUACUUUCUACAUCAUUGCUAGCAUACUGCGGCCAUACCCCAUGCCUUUUGAUCCAAAGAAGGGGAGAGGAAAGACUUAUUUUAAGACAGAUCUAUUUUAUGCUUUUGUUAUAAAAGCAAAUCUAUUUUCAAAAUGUGCAAUGUCUGGAUGGAAUUGGCGAGUGAUAUGAGGAGACGGUGGCUGCCUCCAGGUCCAGCCCUCCUCCCUUCCCUCCUCCUCGGCAGCUUCCUUCCUCCCAUUCCCCAGUCGACAAAGGGCUGGUCCCCAGAGCUCACCCGGAGAGGAUCUUGCCAGAGCAGGGCAUUGCUGGUCUAAAGAUUUGAUUACACUGUCAACUUUUGAUGACCCUCUAGGGUUACUGGGUGUGAACGCUCUUGAAGGAAAUGUUUACAGUUGUGUGCACAAAAGUACACCCUUGCAGGCACACACUCCCCAGAUGUGCUUCUGGACCACCUCCUUUAUCACCCUGCUGGAAAGGGCAGCCUACGCCAAACAGCACUGAGAAUGUCAGUCUAUUCUUUGAUGGACCUAGGAUAUGGUGCAACGGCCAAAGGAAACGGUUUGGCAUCACUGGUCCUUCGGGGCAGACACAUUCAAGUUCCUUGGACUUCUUACACUCCUUUUCACUUGAUCCUUCUCUGGUCUGGGUGACAUUUAUGGCAUCUGUCUCCCUCUGUGACCUUUCUUCUGGGGGCCAUUGUUAAGGGGAUGGUACCCCAGUCUGGCAUCCAGACUGCUAAGUCAGCCCAGAGGGUCCCAUGGACAAGGUACAUCUCAGACUUGCCAAGGACCUUCCUGCUGCUGGGUCCCUGAACUAAGCCAGCUCAGCCUUCCAAACUGCUUAUCGACUGUUGAAGUGGGCAAGGGGCUCUUGCCUUGCAAGGAUUUGGGCGGAAUGGAAGUGUUUUGUCCAGAUCUGGAAUCAAGGGUUUUGGAAUCUAGCACAGAGCUCCUGGACAGCAUUUGAAGCCUGGCUUCCCACUUUGACACUUACUGGCACCCUAUUCCCAGCCUAAAGCAUCUUGCUAUGAAUGAAGGGAGCCUAGAUAGAGGCCCAGGGCUAAGUAACCCACCUGGGGACAGCCCUGGUUACUAAUCUAGGGCUUUCCCAAUUAGCACAUUACCUCCCUCAUCAAUAACCAAGAGGCUGUAAUCAAAUACUAAUACUGUCACUUUAGAGAUUUUCUGAGGUUGCAAGCUGUGCGUACUUGCUCACCUGCCUUGGUGAGAGGGAGACUCUUGGAGCUGGGCUGACUAUAGCAAGAACAGAAUUAAUUCCUUUCCUUUAGGCAACCCCCCCAACCUGGCAGCUCUUAAAACUAAGGAAAAUAUGAAAUAUACAUAUAUAUACACAUAUAUCUAUUUAUGCACAUAUUGGGGCCAAUUUGAUUUGCUAGUAUUAGACAAUAAACCAUACAAGAAAAUUUAUGAUCUCAGUGUCUUUAUUUAGUAUAAAAGUGACCUUAGAAGAAGAGUUAAAGUUAGAUGAACAGAGGGCAUCUCUGUCAGGGGACCAAACAGCUAUAGCAGCCCCUUAGCACCUUUCUAGCCGACAAGCCCCUCCCCAGAGUGGGGCCAUCCUGACUGACAGGUGAGAGCUUGCUUCCCUCUCAGCAGCAUUCUUUUUAGAUAUAGGUACUGAAGCGCCCCGUGAGCUCUACAUUUGUAUCUUGCAAGUUUGUUAUAAACCC